AACCCUCCAAAAGACCACCAAAAUGUCCGCCUUCCGCACUCUAGCUGCCCGCCGUGCACCCUUCGUCCAGCGUGCCGCCUUCCACAACUCCAUCGUGCGCGCGUCAGGAAAGGAGACUAAGCUCCACACCGAAGGCCGCGCAAACGAGGUCGAGGACAUCAAGCAGUCGCAAUUGAAGAAGCAGCAGGAGGGAAAGGGACACUGGGAAGAAGGCUUGGCUAGUGAUAGCGAGAGCAUUGUCAAAGCCGAUCGGAACGAGGCGAAGAACACAGACGAGCACAUCAAGAAGCUGCAGAAGGAGGGCGAGAAGGUCGCUGGAAAGAAGGCAUGAUGGAUUUCUAAUGACCAGUCGACGUCUUGUGCGUGACUGGCCAUCUGAGCAAGAGAGACAGAGUGCAAUAUCAAAAUGCGUAGCAUGAGUAGCCAGAUGGGCGGCGGGGAGAUAGGAUCGUCCGUCGGAAUGGUUGCAAAGUCCAAAACAGAUGGCGCUGGAGACUCUUGAAGAUGUAGGCGGUGUACUUGGUGGGUUUAUGUGGAUGUAGUUUGCUAUUGUAGUUGUACGAGAUUUUAUGAAUUAAUUCAUGUUCAAUUUCUUCACUAUUCUCCGCGCUAUAACAUCGGAGCCUAGGAACAUACAUUCUACCUUAUGGUUGAUGUUCAUGUUUUGGGGUGUAUGCCAGGAGGAAGACAGUAUUAAAUAGUCUAUAUCAUUCAGGAAUGGCCCUUAGUUCUAUGAUGAUCAAAGACACUGUUCUCUGCACAUACUUUAUGUACCUCGACUAUUCCACCAUCAUCCUUCAUAUCUGAAGUUUUACUACUCACUUGUACCAACAGUAGUAAACUCCACACAUCCGGUUUUUGUUCGUCAGGGGCGCUAUGGCGGUAUAUGUCGCCAUUCCAAUCCCGGCUUUCGAAUCACCAACGAGCACCGUUCAUUAUAAAGCGUCCAACACACCCGAAUCCGCCACUCUAUAUCUCCUAUCUCCAAAAUCCUCAAAAUUAAUAGUAAAAUAACCAAUGAUCCGCUGCUUUACUUACUUAUCACCAAUCACUCACCCAUCCUUGCUGAGCCAACCGACUAAGCAUAAAGUCGAGCAAAUCGGAGCUUUCCCCUUCCCCCAUAUUAACAUCUCACCCCCCACUUUUACCCCUCCUCCAUAAUUUUUUUUUGACUUUCACUUCCAAGUCGCCAAGCCUGUCAGUGAGCCGGGUCAGCUCGCUCUUGAGUACUAAAACAU